CGCCUCGACCUCCUCCUCCUCCCCCUCCUCCUCCUCUACCGCUAACGAUGCUGGACACCCUCAUUCCUGUUGCCCUACUGGCGUCGCUGGCGGAGGCCAAAAGUUCAACUAAGAAGUACAUCGCCGACGACGAACCCAGCGACUUUGACACGAUUCUCUGGCCGAUCGUGUUGUGUUUCGCCGGGGGUAUAUACCUCGUGUACGAACGAUACCAGAGGGCACACAAUAGUCCUGUCCCCUUCGAGCACCACGCGCCGGUGCAGGCAGAUCCCCAAUGGGAGGGAUUGCCGCUCGAAAACGCGAACCUGCAGUCGCACCUGCAGCACCCCGACGUCCUGCCCCCCAUCGACAUUCCCGGGCAGGAGUACAUCACCGCCUUCGACCCCGCGACGAGCUUGCACCUGGGCACGUACCUCGCCGACGACGAGAACGUGAUUGCGUUCAAGAUCAACAAGGCUGCGAAGGCGCAGCGUCGGUGGAAACAGACGACCUUCGUGCAGCGGCGGCGCGUCGUGCGCAGUCUGCUGAAGUGGCUGGUGGACAACCAGGAGAUGUGCGCGAAGGUCGCGUGCCGUGACACGGGGAAAACGCUUUUGGACGCGUCUCUCGGGGAGAUCAUGACGACCUGCACGAAGAUGGAGUGGAUCCUGAAGCAUGGGGAGCGGUACCUCCGACCCGAAAAGCGCCAUGGAAACUUCAUGAUGGCCUACAAGCGCGCUGAAGUUCACUACGAACCCCUCGGUGUGGUGGCUGCCAUCGUCUCGUGGAAUUACCCGCUCCACAAUGCAUGGAGUCCCAUUCUCGCGUCAAUCUUUGCCGGUAACGCUGUCGUGCUCAAGUGCUCUGAGAAGGUCAUUUGGUCGUCGACAUGGUUCGUCGACGCGAUCACAACCUGCCUGCGCACCCUCGGCCACCCGGAAGACAUCGUCCAGCUUGUCUGCUGCUACCCGAAGAAGGCGCCCGCCCUGACGAGGUCUCCCCUCAUCAAGCACAUCACUUUCAUCGGCUCGGAGACCGUCGGCAGAAUCAUUGCCCAAGACGCAACGGAGAACCUUAUCCCGGUCACCUUAGAACUGGGUGGCAAGGACCCAUGCGUCAUCCUUCCUGGUACGGAUAUCGAGCGCUGGGCACCUCUGUGGAAGCGUGGUGUCUUCCAGAACAUGGGCCAGAACUGCAUCGGCAUCGAGCGCCUCAUCGUGCACUCUUCGCAAUACGAUGAACUCGAGGCCAUCUUCAAGGAAACCGCCUCAAAGAUUCGUCUCGGUUCUGUGCUCGCGCCCACGCAAGAGGGCUACGUUGCCACUGUCGACGGCGGUGCUAUGAUUGACGGCGACCGGUUCCAAGCGCUCGAGGCACUCAUCCAGGACGCUGAAGAGGGUGGCGCGAAUGUUAUCGGCGGACGACAGUACAACCACGUCUACCUUGAGAACGGGUACUACUUCCAGCCGACUGUCGUCGGUCCUGUGGACAACAGCAUGGAGAUUGCUCAGCAAGAGCUGUUCGCACCUAUCGCUCUGCUUAUGCCAUAUGAAACCGUCGAGGAGGCUAUCGAGCUUGCAAACGGCACGCGGUAUGGUCUGGGUGCCAGCGUCUUCGGUCCCAGUCAAGGGAAGUGCCUUGAGGUCGCAAAACGUUUGGAGUGUGGGAUGGUCUCCAUCAACGACUUUGCUGUCUUCUAUGUGAGCCAAGACUUGCCAUUCGGAGGCUGCAAAGCCAGUGGAUACGGUCGCUUCGGUGGUCCUGAAGGCCUGCGCGCCUUGACGAACCCGAAGGCGAUCAUGGUCGACCGCUGGCCAAACCUCAUCCAGACCAGCAUCCCGCCUGUCUUGGACUACCCGUUGCGCUCUUUGCUACAGAGUUGGGAAUUUGCCUCUGGCCUUGUACGCUUCUUGUACGCCGACGGUGCACGGAACUGGAUGUACGGGCUGUACGGCCUCAUCCAGGCGGCGUCGAAGGGCGGCAGGAGAUAGUUUUGGGGGGCUUGCUCGCUGCGUAUCUUUAUUAUCUAGGCCGUCAGGCGGGAUCUACCUACUACUAUACGACUGACUACGAUGCUGACAUGGAAUUGACGCUAGACUUUACCCUCGCUCGAUCUCAUCGACGAUCAGCGCAGGCUGAACACCGAAAUGCCUAUGUUCUGCG